AUGACAGAAACAAACAAAACAACUUUAGUCAUCAAAGAAUUUAUUCUUGUAGGUUUCCCUGGAUUCCAAGACCAAGAAAGCAAAAAAAUACUUUUUACAUUCUUCCUCAUUAUUUAUCUUCUUAUUUUGAUGGUAAAUUUUAUGCUGAUCAGCAUUUUUGUUGUGGACAGAAAUCUUCACACCCCGAUGUAUUUCUUAGUUUGUAGUCUUGCCAUUUUGGAUAUCGUGCUCUCAACAAACAUAGUGCCUAGGAUGCUAGCGCUCUUCAUUGCGGAUUCAAGAUCAACUCCAUUUGCAGCCUGCAUUACACAGAUCUACUUUUAUUGGUGUUUUAGCUCAGUUGAAUGUUUCCUUCUUGGCCUCAUGGCUUAUGACAGGCACAUUGCAAUCUGCAAACCCUUACACUACCCCAUUAUAAUGACUAACAGUCGCAUUGUGAAAUUGAUCAUGUAUACCUGGUUGGGUGGAUUCCUGAAUCCAAUAUUAGCACUGGCCCUUGCCCUUAGGUUUCCAUUUUGUGGUCCUAAUAAGAUUAAUCAGUGCUUCUGUGACUAUUCUUCUGUGUUAUUAUUGGCCUGUGGGGACAUCCUGAUUACCAGCUAUGUGGCAUUAGCCAUAGGCCUAAAUAUUUUAUUUAUUCCAUUGAUUUAUAUAGUCUUUUCCUACACAAAGAUUAUUAUGUCAGUAAUGAAAAUUACCUCAUCAGGACGCAUGAAGGCUUUUUCUACAUGUGGAACACAUCUACUGGUCAUUUCUUUAUACUUCUUUGUUACUGCUGGUGUGUACAUUUCUUAUCGAAUUCCUGGCACCUCUUUUGAUGUGCGGAUCAUGGCAGCUGUGUUGCAGAAUGUGUUUCCACCUCUGAUGAACCCAAUCAUUUACUGUUUGAGGACAAAAGAAAUCAGAGAACGUUUUGUGAAAGCCCUUCGAAAAAUUAGAAAUAUACUGACACAAAUGUGA